UUAAUCGACGCCGACUGAGGGAAGCUCUUUCACCGAGGAGUUUUUGCCGGUGUUUUUGGGUGCUGUAACAUCUCGUCUCCCACUGUCCUUUAACCAAAAAUGUAUUACAAAUUCAGCGGCUUUACUCAGAGACUAACAGGGUCUGCUCCUGCCAACGCAUACAGUCCCCAGGGUCUGAGACCUGGUGUUCCCUCUGAAGCCCCGACCAUGGUGUUUGCUUCUCCCACUAAGCUUGUGUCAGAGGCAGGAGCCACGGUGGAGUACCUCGGAGGAAACAAGGUGCCAGACUUCCAGAGACUCUUCCAGACAUCUGAUGGGGUCCCUGUUCAUUUGAAACGUGGGAUUCCUGAUAGGCUCCUGUACCGCACCACAAUGGCCCUUACUGUAGGGGGUGCUCUGUACUGUCUCAUGGCCCUCUACAUCGCUUCCCAACCCAGCAACAAGUAACCGUUCCCAGCCUUGAACCAGGCCGGCCAAGGCUGUCACCUCCUCCCCCCCAGCCUUCUCUGUGUGUCAUCAGACGUCAUAACGAAUUUCAUUUACAGCUCAAAUCCAUACCUGUAAAUGACAGUUUUAUUUAUAAAAUAUAUAUUUAUAUGUGUGCCAAUAAAUCUGAACCACUAGUAAAACG